GGUGGGUUGGGACACAGCCACAACAGUAAACAGCAGCAUGGCAGCCGGGGGUGGACGCCAGGCCUUGGCUCUGUAUAAGUCUUUGUUAAGAGAAAGUCAAAAGUUUCUUGCUUAUAAUUAUAGAGAAUACGCUUUGCGGAGAAUUCGUGAUGGUUUUAAGGCAACAAGAAAUGUGACAGAGGAAGCGACUCUACAGAGAGAACUACAACACGCUAGAGAAUCCUUGGAAGUUAUUAAGAGACAAGUUGCACUUGGCCAACUCUACAGACCUCCUAACUUGAUUAUUGAGAAAAAAUAGGUUCAAUAUGUGUAAUCAUUAUCUGAAACGUAAAUUAUUUAAUGUCAUGAAGCAGUUAUUGAAGCCAAUGUAUUAUGUUAGUGCCUCUGGCAUAAAAGUAACUUGACCAGGGUUUGGUAGAGAAUUCUAAAUUGCUAGAACAGCUCUUGUUUGUCUUGAUACAGUACAGUAUUGGCAUCAUCAUCAGGAUCGGUGCCAUAAAUAAUACUUUCCCUUUAUUUUUCUAACCAUGACUAAAUAAUUUCUGAUCUGAAAUAAUCAUAGUGCAAGCAAGCUAUAUUAUAUUAUAUACUCGGAGGAAUGCUACCUAAUGUAAUUUAUUUUGUUGUACAUUAAUUGUUAUUGCAAGGCUUAUGGGAACAUACUUGAUUUAUAUGAUAUGUGAAACUUAAUGCCCAUCAACAAAUAAGUCUGGUUUAUGAUUGUACGUUAAUAGGAUUCUCGUGCCUUUAAAUUUUGUGAAGUUAUUGUAUUAGGAUAUUUAAUUCAGACUACCUGUAGUCAAGGGAACCAACUUGUCAUGGAUAUUUUCCCUACUUCAUAAAGAUUACCUGUUGUCAUGGGGCUUUACACAACACUGAUUUGUAGAAAACACAAAUGCUCAGUAGCUUUCAUCACAAGGAAGUGAAUCAUAUAAUAAUUACCGUACACUGGGUUUGAUCUUCUAUAAUGGUCACUGCACAGAUCUAUCUUUUAUUGAAUAUAAUGCUUUUUUAUUAUGGUAUUUUUCAGUAUACUGUAUUGUGUGAAACUCAGGAAGUGUACGUAAAAUUUAUAUAGCAAUAUAGCACCAAUUUAAUUAGAUUGAUGUACAGUCAACAACUAAAGUCCUUUCACCUCUCUCUCUGAACCAUGAACCCCAAGGUUCAGACUCAUGAAUCCAAAGCUUUAUGGACAAAAAUAAAUCAGUAUUGCUUCAGGUUCACAAGUCUGAAUCUCAGUGUUCGUGGUUCAGGGGAAUAUGCCAACAGACUUGAGUAGUUCACUGUACAGUAUACUUAAAAUUUGUAUCACACCAAAUUAAUUAACCUACGGUGUGUAAACUUAUGAUGUACAGUACAGUAUACAUAAAUUUGUAUAACACCAGUUUAACCAGACUGUUGAGUAUAUAUUUUGUUCUCUCCAGGUUCAAUGUUGAUGUGUUUAUUUGUAUUAUUAUAUUGUCUAAGUUAUCAUUAGUUAUUGUGCUCUUUAAGGAAUUAGUUUCAAUGGUUGUAAAUAAUGCACAUACAGUAUGUUAUUAAAAUAUUCUAAGUUGA